GUAUAUGUAUAUAUAUAUGUAUAUGUAUAUAUAUAUAUGUAUAUAUGUAACAUGCCAGGGAUUUGCUUUUAACACAUUCAGUUUUUACAAUUUUUAAAAAAUAUAUUACAUAAACAAUAUAUUAAUUAGGGAGGAAAAAGACUUCAUACAGAUGUGUUGCCUCGUUUGAUAAAGAACAAGAACAACCUAAAAAGUAAAAAGAAAUUCAAGAAAAAAACAUAUUUAGAAAUAGAUGUUUUUCAUAAAAUCACUGGUGGUUGCUGAUACUUUAGAUACUAAUUAAUAAAAUCUAAUGCGCUUUUAAAAGACAUUAAGCCCCACAGCAUUAGCAACUUUUCGCCUGUAGAUGGUGUUCAAAAACGGUUACAUUUAUUUUAAAGGAGUAUCCACAAUUUUUUGAACCAGGGAUUUUUGUUAAAAGCAACUAAUUCAGUGUUACAACAGAAAUAAAAGAUAACAAAAUAUUAAGGCUUUUUACAUGUUCAUUAGAGAUUUUUGUUUCUACAAAGGAAAAUUACUCUGACUUUGAAAGACCUGCGCUGCAAAAUCUCAAGUAUUAAGUAUUCUUAAUACUAGUUAAAAUUUCUAGUUAAAAUAUCUUGGUACACUUGAAAUAAGGCAAAACUAACCUAUGAGUGACUUUCCAGCAAGAAAUAAUAGGUUAAAUAAAUAAUUUCUUAUUGAUUAAAAAAGUACUGUUACGCUGGUAGAUUAUUUCACUUAUAACAAUACCUUUUUCUCAUGUCAUAAUUGAAAUGAUGUUUUGCUGAAAAGUUACUUGCAAGUUAGUUUUGUGUUUUUUUUAAGUGUAUUUAUAUAUUUGAGCUAGAAGCCAGACCAAAAAUAUUUGGUAACAAGUUGUUUUUGCAGUGUAAACAGCAUUUCUGGAUUGCCUUUCAUGUCAAGUUUGAAAGGUACAUAAUCUCCCUGUGACUUUUAAAUUAAAAUAUUGCUAAAGUAAUUUCUUUAAACAACCUGGAAAGUGUUUAAAUCUGGGCUAAAAAAAAACAAACACUCGUGCUGCAGAUGUAGAGUAGUUUUAUUAUUCUUUUGGACUGUAUUAAAUUAAAUCUCAACGGUUUUGUCUCUUUUUUUGCAGCUAGCAAUCAUUUCAGGACUUUGCAAAAUCACAACACAGGGUCGAUAUUCAAUCACGAGUUUCAGUGCAGUGGUCCGAUUUGUACUUUAAACAGUUCUGAGGAUUUACCUACAAACUCAUCAGUCUUUUACCAGAAGUACAGAGUUUAAAUGUAUGCAGAACAGAGGAAACAUUAACCAGGUAAAAAUUAGCCCUCUGAUCGAUUAUUUAAUGUGUGUACUCUUCCACAGAAGGUCCGAAAAUGGCUUCUGUAAUCUAAUCAGACAAGAAGAAAAAAAAAUGCAGCUAACAGUUUGUUGAAGUUUUUCCAACACUUAAAAUCAAUCAUUUGCAUUUUGAAGAAAACCUGUUUUGACUUUUUGUGAAUAUAUUUAACCUUUCACUGUUGCUAUGAUGGGGUAUAAAUAACAACCAGUUUGUUGGGAUUUGUACAUUUAACCAUAAUGUAAAUGUUGAAAAGGUAUAUAGAAAUAAACUGGUCGCAGUGGUAGCUGAUAGAAACUGUCAAAUUUAUUCAAACUUGCUUGGUAUUUCUGUGCUACAUACUUUUUUAAAUUCAUUUCUAGUAAACCAGAAAGUGUUAAAGGAAGCUUGUUUUCCACACAUAAAUUAAACCUUUUGCUGCGGGUUAAACUUCAUUACAAAUUACUCCUGCCACCCAAUGGCAUUACAGUUAGAACUAUUUUAGAAUAAAAUAAAAUGUAAAUACUCUUGUCCCAUAUUAGCAGUGUAUUUGUAAGGCGCUGUUUGCUCAUUCUUCUGAGGUUAGCUAGCUUUCACAUGCUAGCUAACCUAGCCGUUUAAAUACAAAUUCUGGCCACAAAACAUUAAUAUUAACAUAAUUGUGUCUUUUUCCCCAAAUUAAAAUCUUUAAAAUAUGCUUUUAAAAUUUGUGGCCCCCUUUAACUUCACGUUCACAAGUGAAACGAUGCGCUGAUCGCUUCAAUCAGCCCCAGCUGAGACGUAAUUCUAUCUCAAGUGCUGCCUUCAGGAACAUUUCGUAAAUUUGCAAUUUACAUGAGUAUCACUAGUUGUGCAUUAAAAUGGAUGAAAAAAAUAAUAAUUCAAACAGAGCCUAUUUGGUGUAAAUAAAGCGUACUUUAAGAUUUCUAAUGAAUAUAAUUUAUAUUUUUCUUCAAAUUAUAACCAUAAUUACUGAUAAAUGAUCGCUGUUAGCAAGAACUGUUAGGGCAUGUAAACCAAUAGAAACAAAAAAAUUAGUGAAUAAAAAAUAAAAUCUUUAACCUCAUUUUAAAACAAGUUAAAUAAAUUUGCUGGAUUUCUUUCUUGGCAGACAAUUUUCUAGUAUUCUUAAUUCCUACAUUAUUUUUUGUGUGUAGAAGGCAACACCUGCCGUCUCCAUGACGCUCAUUCGUUUCUGUUCGCCGCCAUAUUUUUGAAUACAGUCCGGCUGCUCUAUGGUUUUACUUUUUAACAUCUGCCACUCAUUUUCAUCCCAGUUGUGUUUCUACCGGUAAGAAACGGUUUUAAUAACAAGUAGACAACUGUUGAGCUUACUUUUGUCCGCAUUGACGUUCAUUUAGCUGAGACACUAAGUUUUAUUAUCGAAGUAGGCGGUUGCUGCGACGCGUUCAGGGUCCUCGUCAUUAUCGGUAAUUAUUUGUUACCGGUUUCGAGAUGUUUGCACUAGAAAUAAGAAAAUCUACAUAUUCAAUAAACGGUUUACGCCUCGAACUGGAGCGUCCGAACGGAUAAACGGUUCCGGUUACUGUUAGUAGUUUCGAUAAGGAGUUCAACAACAAGGUGAGAGAUGCAGAGACCUGAUGGGAGUGCCUACUGAACAACAACAAAAACGGAUUUCUAAACAUCUUUUGACUGAAACGAAGUGGACCUAAACUUACUCGGGAGUUUCUGCUGUGGCUCUUUUUCACUGCAUGAUGACAGCUGCUGCACUGAUAGACUCCGAUGACGUCAUCACGCGAGACGAGCAGAUCUUUGUUCUGAUUGGUGCUCACGCCCGGUGUGAGAGGAGCAUCCGCGCACAAAUGGCCCUCAUCAAAGACGGCGACUGUUCUCCAGAGUGGGAUGGGAUUAUCUGCUGGCCGCGGAGCCGAGCGGGCCAGCUGGUCUCAGUGCAGUGCCCAGCAUACAUCUAUGACUUCAACCACAGAGGGCGAGCUUAUCGCCAGUGUGAUGUGUCAGGGAACUGGGAGCUGGUGCCCAGUAACAACCGCACAUGGGCAAACUACACGGAGUGCACCCGAUACCUGACCUCCAACCACAGAAACCUGGAGGAGAAGGUGUUUCAGCGCCUCCAUCUCAUGUACACUAUCGGCUACUCCAUUUCUCUGGCAUCUUUGUUGGUGGCGAUCUCCAUCCUUUGCUAUUUCAAGCGCCUCCACUGCACGCGCAAUUACAUUCACAUUCACCUCUUCACCUCCUUCAUCUGUCGAGCUGUUAGCAUCUUUGUGAAGGACGCUGUGCUCUACUCCAUAUCUGACGCCAGCAGAGCUGAGUCUGAGUUCACAACUGUGAAACAGCCCAUGGCUGGGUGUAAAGCUGCGGUUACGCUCUUCCUGUAUUUCCUGGCAACCAAUCACUACUGGAUUCUGGUGGAGGGAUUGUACCUCCACAGCCUCAUCUUCAUGGCGUUCCUGUCUGACAAGAACUACUUAUGGGCUCUGACCAUCAUGGGUUGGGGUGUUCCGGCUGUGUUUGUGUCCAUUUGGGUCAGCGCUCGAGCUUCGCUGGCAGAUACUCAAUGUUGGGACAUCAGCGCCGGAAACCUGAAGUGGCUCUACCAAGUUCCCAUUCUGGCAGCCAUUGUUGUGAAUUUCCUCCUUUUCCUAAACAUAAUCCGUGUUCUGGCCUCCAAACUGUGGGAAACCAACACCGGAAAACUGGAUCCUCGACAGCAGUACAGGAAGCUCCUGAAGUCCACGCUGGUCCUGAUGCCUCUGUUCGGAGUCCACUACAUAGUUUUCAUGGCGCUGCCCUACACUGAGGUGACUGGGCUGCUGUGGCAGGUGCAGAUGCAUUAUGAGAUGUUCUUCAACUCUUCUCAGGGGUUUUUUGUGGCGUUCAUCUACUGCUUCUGCAAUGGCGAGGUGCAGGCAGAGGUGAAAAAGGCCUGGUUAAGACGCAGCUUGGUGCUGGACCUCAAGCAGAAAGCCAGGAUGACCAGCAGCGGCGGCGGGAGCUGCUACUACGGCGGCAUGAUGUCCCACGCCACCACCCACAGCGUCUGCAUGUCUGCCAUUCAUCCCAGGGCUUUCUCCUUCACAGCGGGGUCCGGAGGGGCCCCCGGGGGGUCAGGGGUCAGGCCGCCCCGUCACUCUGCCCCGUCGUCGCUUCCCCACAACCACAGCAGUGUGUGUGUGUUCGUUCCCAGCACCGCUGGGACCUCAGGCUCCCAGCAGGACGCGGCGGUGUGGAAACCAGGGAGGGCCGAGUCCAGAGCCAACAAAGAGAAUGAUAGCAGCAGCAGCAGCGCAGCAGCAGAUCCAGACUGCCCCGUACCUGUGAAAGAGCUAGAAACCAUUUUAUAAUCUUCACUGAUCGUUGUUGGCAGGACACAGUGGUUUUAAAACUGGAUCUUUUCUGCGUCGUCAUGGUUAUAUGGAGAGAUUCACUAUAUUCACUAUCUUGGAAAUUGAGGGUUUCUCCUUUUAUUUUAACAAAAAAAAAUCAGAAUACAACCCCGUUAUGGGUUGCCCACUCCAAUAGCUACACAAAACAAAAGUAUAUAGACCCUUUGCAGCGCAAGAUCCCGCCGCCAUCAUUCUACUGGAGGGCAAAAAGCAGCUGGCUGACCACGACCAGCACUGGUUUUAGCUGUUAAACUAUCAAUAUCUUAGGAAGGGGGUAGUUCAGUUAUUCUUGUUUGACUUGACAACCUUAAUAUAUAGAUGUGAUGUAUUUUUACUAAAUAAAAAACAAAGAUGGCCCACACACCAACUCUAACAGAUCACUAAUCGUUGAUCUGUUUGCUGGUAUUUAAAUUAGCUAACCAACCUCCGCUGUUAGCUAAUAGCAGCGAUAGCUAAUCUACCACAGCGAUCACUUAUUAGUAAUCACAAAGCAAACAUCAAACUUGAAAACAUGACACUGUAACGGACUGAAUGUCCUGAUCUUUGUAUGGGAAAUAUUUGCGUAUUUUUUCGGUUCUGAAUCCUGAAACCUGUCAGUUGCUAUGGCAACGUAGCGUAGCCGACACAGAGAGUGAGAAAAAAAAAAUAGGAGUAGUUUUGAGUUGUUCUUCAGUGGCUUUUCUGCGUUAUUUUUCCCUUUUCUGUGGCGCACUGCACUGAAUUACAAAUACCUACAUCUCAAGAUUUUAUUUUAACAUUGUUGUACCGCGGCAGCGCGAAUAUGAAUGACGUGUUCCUUUUUUUCCCCCAGCGUUGUGCGCAUGCGCGAAAUUUCCGGAUCCGAGCAAUAACUUGUGAGGGUCUAGCAAAACUAAAGUCAAUUCCUGCAACUUUAUAAUCGCAAGUUCGAUUAAAUAUUGACAUUACAGGAUGGAGCUAUAUUACAAUGGUGAUGAUAACAAAAAUGCACUUAAAUAAAUCUAGAAAUAAAUUUACAUGAAACAUAAAGGGGUGCAAACAAUUUAACAAAUCCAUAGAAAUAAGAAGGAGGGGCUCCUGAUCUUAAAGUCACACAUUUAUAACAGUUAUAAUAGUUUGUAAAGUGUUUACAGUGAGGUAUGGGAACAAUCUGAAUAACUAUAGACAUUUUUUGUAAUGAUAACAAAAUAGAAGUACAACCCAUUUACACAUUCCAAAAAUAUCCAUACCCUUUGGACCAGCUCUCACUUUCUUCCUGAUCUAAUCCAUAAAUUGUUCUUCAGCACUAAAUUAAAGAGUAGGGUGUGAAUACUUUUGUAAGGUUGUGUGUUUUGUUAACAAAUUGAAGUUUGUGUUUCACUGCACUGCAAAAAUGCUAAAUUUUACAAAGUAAUUUUGGUCUAGUUUCUAGUGCAAAUACCUUAGUGCACUUUAUAUAAAGUUAUAAGUAACUUUUCAACAAGAUGUA